AUGUCCUCCUCCUCGUCUGAGGGAUCACUAGGCAAAUCCUCACCAAUUAAUUUAAGUAAGAACAAUGACUACUAUGACUUCAAAAAUGAACAGAGCAACCUAAAAGUUCCAGAUUCAAGUAACGACGAAGUAGAUAACCCAGAAGUAAUUAAGAGGCCUUCUAAGCAAUCCAAACAGUCAAAAGAAGAAGUUCCAGACGACGAUAUUAUUCUUGAAGCAACUAAUGUCCAAUUCACAGAAACUCCCUUUAUGCCAAAAAUGGCUAAUGAGACAUUAAAGGCACAAUUAGGAAAUGCAGCCUGGAGAUUGUUCCAUACCAUAUUGGCAAGAUACCCAGACGAACCUAGCAAGCAAGAGCAAACCACAUUAAAUCAAUACAUUCAUUUAUUUGCUCAAGUCUAUCCUUGUGGAGACUGUGCAAGACAUUUCCAAGGACUUUUAUCUAAAUAUCCUCCUCAAAUUAAGUCUAGAAAAACCGCUGCUUUAUGGGGCUGUCAUAUACAUAAUAAGGUGAACGAGAGACUAGAGAAGCCUGAAUAUGAUUGUACCACAAUUCUCGAAGAUUACGACUGUGGGUGUGGAAGCGAUGAAAAAGAAGAUGACAAGACUUUAGGAAAUGAAAACAUUGAACAUUUACGAAGUAUUAAGGUUAAUGAAAAAGAAGAAUCACCUCAACUCGGAGGUUGA